ACGAAAUAACCCUAGCGCUCCCCAAGGCCAGAGAGUGAGACAGAGACAGAGGUUUCUUGGGACCUAGAGUUUCCUUUCCCAACUUGGAUCCAUGUCCAAAACCCUUGGAAUCCCGCCGGAUAAUCCCUUUGUUUGAGCUUGCUCUCCCGGAUUCGCCUCCAAUUCCAUCUUCUUCUUGUGUUCUUCUCCACCUCCUCGAUCCAGGGUUUAUUUCUGUUCCAGGAUUAUGUUUCUAAUUUCGUUCCUUGUGUCUUCUUGUUCGAUCGCGGAUUCGAUCUCCUCGGUUCUUCAGAAUCUUCGCGUCUUCGGCCCUGGGUUGAAUCCUUUUGCGCCGUUCGGCAUGGGCAACUACUCGGUUUCCCGCUAAUUUUCUGGCUUGCCGGGGGGCUCUUUUCAAACUAUGUAAACCCUCGAUCUUGGACCUGUUUCGAUCGAUCUUUUGUGCUACAGUUUCAAUUCUUUCCACAAGAUCUAGGUUCUCCUUUCUCCUGGAAAAAUUCAGUUUCUCCCUUAAAAUUGGGUAUUUUGAGGAGUCAUCUCAUCUCCUAUCUCUUCCUUUGGGAAAAAGAAAAAGAAAAAUAAAGCUUCGAUUCAAGGUUUUUCCUUGGGGGAAUCGGCUCGCUCUUGAUUAUUUGGGUGUGUUGUUGCAAUUUGGGAAGCCAUGCUGCAAGAAGAGGUGGCACAGCCUCGCCGCCACUUGUUGAGUAGGCGAUCCUUCAGGCAGAGGUCGAGGGAGAGGGACGAUAGGGGUUGGACCCUGCUUCACAUCGGUGCUCGGAAAGGCGACCUCAAGGAGGUGAGGCGGCUGCUGGAUGAAGGUAUGGAUGUUAAUGUGACAGCAUGGGGCCCUAAGGCGCAAGGUGUGACGCCUCUCCAUCUUGCUGCUCAAGGUGGACACCUCAAGGUGAUGGAUGAAUUACUCGAGCGUGGUGCAAACAUUGAUGCUAGAACAAAAGGCGCAUGUGGCUGGACUCCUCUCCACACUGCAGCCAAAGAAAGGAACAAAAAAGCUGUCAAAUUCCUAAUCGAAAAUGGUGCAUUCUUGCCCCCUGACAUGAAUGACCACAGAUUCAAUCCACCCCUUCACUACUGCCCAGGUCUGGAAUGGGCCUACGAGAUAAAGCGUAUACAGGAUGAAAGCUUCUCUUCAAGCGAAACUACUUGCACCUCUGAGAACUAAGCCAAAUGUUUUCAUUGCUGGUCAUGCUCAUCUUGUUGCAUGCAAGUUUGUAAAACAGCGAGACAUUGAUGUUGUGAUGUGUGCUUUGCUGUUUGCCUUCGACCUCCUUUUAGGUGAUGUAGAUCUAUAUUACUCCGUCUGGGGAAGCUGCUAGCUUGUGAUGGAACGAAUAUGUUUCUUGAAGUUAGUAUAUGCAGUUGUGAAAUAAAGGAUUUUGUGCUUGUCCGAUUUCA